AUGGAAAAUAAUUUUAUUGAUACAGUUAUUGGAGAAAAUAUAAUUACAGAUUCAAUAAAUUCAACAUCUAAUAGUUUAAAAAGUAGUGUUAGUAGUACAGAAACAACAUGUAAUAAAUCAAUUAUAAAUAAUGAAGAAAAUUAUAAUGAUGAUCAAAAAAAAGAAAUUUUGGAAAUAAUUAAUUUAUCUGAUGAUGAUGAAAUUUCAUCAGAUACUAUUAAAACAGAAUUUGAAAUUGAAGAUAUAAAUAAAAAUCAAAUUAAAAAAAUUGAUAAAAAUAUUGCAUUUUUAAUAUUUAUAUUAGGAAUGGGUAAUAUUUUACCAUUUCAAACAUUUUUAGCAAGUUUAGAUUAUUUAGAUAAUAUAUUUCCUCAAUAUAAAAUGGCAUCUACAUUUCCAUGUAUUUAUAUGGUUGUUAUUUGUGUAACAUUUAUAGUAUUAUUAAGAUUUCAAAAUAAAUUUAAAUCACAUAUAAUAUUGUCAAUUGGAUUCCCAUGUUAUAUAGUAUUAAUGAUUUUAACACCAAUUGUAACAAUUGUAUCACAUACACCAAUUACAACAUAUUUAGUAAUUUUAUUAUUGAUGGCGUUAUGUUCAUUUGUUGAUGGCUUAUCUCAAGGUACAAUCUAUGCAUAUGCUUCUAAAUUCGGUCCAAGAUACUCAACAAUAGCUGUAACAGGUAACGGUGUUGCAGGUGUUUUUGUAGUAUUAACAAGAUUAAUUUGUAAAUUAUCAUUUUCAUCAGACAAUAAUAGUAAAAAAAUUGGUUUAAUAGUUUAUUUUAUAAUAUCAGCAAUUAUAAUUUUAAUUGCAAUUACAACAUUUUUUUAUUCUUUGAAAAUUGAAAGAAUUAGAAAAAUUUUAAUUACUAAUAAUAAUAACAAUAACAAUAAAAAUCAAAUUGAAAAUGAUAAUCAAGUUAAUAAUAUUAAUGGAAAAGAAAAACAUCCAUUUAAGGAAGUAUUUAAAAAAACAUAUGGAUUUGGAUUUAUGGUUUUUUAUAAUUUUGUUAUUGUAUUAUUUUUAUUUCCUGGUAUUGUUGUUAGAAUUGAAUCAUUACAUGGUAUAAAAAGUGACUGGUGGGUUUUUAUAAUAAUAGCAGUUUAUAAUACUUCAGAUUGUAUUGGUAAAACAUUGUUUUCAAUAUUCAAUUAUAUUAUUUUACCUUUGAAAUUGGUUUGGGUAGUUUUAAUUGGUAAAUCAAUAUUUGUUUUAUUGUUCUUUUUAUGUAUUUACAAUGAUAAUUUUAAUCAUGAACAAAUGGUUAUAAUAUUUUUAAUAAUUUUUGGUGUAUUAAGUGGUGGUGUAGUAUCUUAUGGUGUCUCUGAAGGUCCAAAAAGAGUUGAAGAGAAAUAUAAACCAUCUUGUAGUGUCUUUUUAUCCUUGGCUUUAAAUAUAGGUUUAAUGUCAGGUUCUUCUUUAAAUUUAUUGGUUUCAUUUUUUAUGUAA